CAGACUCCCUCUGACGCCGCAGAAUGAUCCCGGGCCCCGCCGAGCCGAGUGGAUUCUGAGGCCCACACAGAAAUCCACCUUGCACCGGCAAAAGGACCCUCACUGACAGCGUCGCCUCCUGCAGCAGUCAGCCCGAGACAGAAUGUCAAGUAGCCCCGAAGGAAGUCUCUCCAGGGGCGGCAGCUCCGACCGUGACUUGAAAAUGGCCUCUUCGAGCAACACGUCCCCCGAGGGUGGACCAUCGCCGCUGCACCAGAACCGUAUACGGCAGUCGGACAGCAACACCAGUUUCCUGCGAGCUGCCAGAGCAGGAAACAUUGAUAAAGUCCUUGAGUUCCUGAAAAAUGGAGUCGACAUAAGCACCUGUAACCAGAAUGGUCUGAAUGCACUACAUCUGGCAGCUAAAGAGGGACACAAGGAUUUAGUAGAGGAACUGGUGGAGAGAGGAGCACAUGUUGACUCUGCCACAAAGAAAGGAAAUACUGCCCUCCAUAUUGCCUCAUUGGCUGGGCAGAAAGAGGUAGUCCGACUACUGGUAAAGAGAGGAGCAGAUGUCAAUGCUCAGUCACAGAAUGGCUUCACUCCACUCUACAUGGCAUCCCAAGAGAAUCACUUGGAGGUGGUGCGAUACCUGUUGGAAAAUGAAGGGAACCAAAGUAUUGCAACAGAGGAUGGUUUCACUCCACUGGCAAUCUCACUCCAGCAGGGCCACAACUCAGUGGUCUCCCUACUGUUGGAGCAUGACACAAAGGGCAAAGUACGCCUCCCAGCCCUGCAUAUUGCAGCCCGUAAGGACGAUACCAAGUCUGCUGCACUACUGCUCCAAAACGACCACAAUGCUGAUGUCCAAUCUAAGAUGAUGGUCAAUAGAACCACAGAGAAUGGGAAGAGUGGGUUCACCCCUCUGCACAUCGCGGCUCACUAUGGUAACGUGAAUGUCUCCACCCUGUUGCUGAACAGAGGAGCUGCUGUAGACUUCACAGCCAGGAAUGGAAUAACGCCUCUCCACGUGGCCUCUAAGAGAGGGAACACCAACAUGGUGGCCCUGCUGUUGGACAGAGGAGCUCAGAUAGAUGCUAAAACCAGGGAUGGACUGACUCCCCUGCACUGUGCAGCCAGAAGUGGACAUGACCCAGCAGUAGAGCUGCUGCUGGAGAGAGGAGCCCCAAUCUUAGCUAGAACCAAGAAUGGACUGUCCCCACUACACAUGUCAGCCCAGGGAGACCACGUUGAGUGCGUGAAAUUCCUGCUGCAGCAAAUGGCGCCUGUUGAUGAUGUCACACUGGACUACCUCACAGCGCUGCAUGUCGCAGCUCACUGUGGCCACUACAGAGUCACCAAGCUACUGCUGGACAAAAAGACUAACCCAAAUGCUAGGGCCCUGAAUGGUUUCACUCCUCUACAUAUCGCUUGUAAGAAGAACAGGGUGAAAGUGAUGGAACUGUUGGUUAAAUAUGGAGCAUCCAUCCAGGCCAUUACUGAGUCUGGUCUGACUCCCAUCCAUGUAGCUGCCUUCAUGGGCCACCUCAACAUUGUUCUACUCCUGCUGCAGAAUGGAGCUUCACCUGAUGUCCGUAACAUUCGUGGUGAGUCAGCUCUCCACAUGGCAGCACGAGCAGGUCAGAUGGAAGUGGUUCGCUGUUUGCUAAGGAAUGGAGCGUUGGUGGAUGCCAUGGCCAGGGAGGACCAGACUCCCCUACACAUUGCAUCUCGUUUGGGGAAAACAGACAUUGUCCAGCUGCUGCUACAGCACAUGGCCCACCCAGAUGCCGCCACCACAAACGGCUACACUCCCCUUCACAUUUCAGCCAGGGAGGGUCAGGUAGAGACUGCUGCAGUGCUACUGGAGGCCGGAGCCUCACACUCACUAGCCACCAAGAAAGGAUUCACUCCAUUACAUGUAGCAGCUAAGUAUGGAAGCCUUGAUGUAGCAAAACUACUCCUUCAGCGCAAAGCUCCCCCUGAUGAUGCUGGCAAGAAUGGCCUUACUCCGCUACAUGUGGCAGCUCAUUAUGACAACCAAGAGGUGGCUCUCUUGCUGCUGGAUAAAGGGGCAUCACCUCAUGCUACAGCAAAGAAUGGCUACACUCCUCUCCACAUUGCAGCCAAAAAGAACCAGACAAACAUUGCGUUAUCACUGCUGCAGUAUGGAGCAGAGACAAACGUUCUGACCAAGCAGGGAGUCAGCCCUCUACACCUUGCAGCCCAGGAAGGACACGCUGAGAUGGCCAGCCUGCUACUGGGCAAAGGAGCUCAUGUCAACACAGCAACCAAGAGUGGACUGACUCCUCUGCACCUCACAGCACAAGAGGACAGGGUCAACGCAGCAGAAGUACUGACCAAACAUGACGCUAAUUUGGACCAGCAAACAAAGCUUGGAUAUACGCCUCUGAUAGUGGCCUGUCACUACGGAAAUGCCAAGAUGGUGAACUUCCUGUUACAGCAAGGCACCAGCAUUAAUGCCAAAACCAAGAAUGGAUACACACCACUUCACCAGGCAGCACAACAAGGGAACACACACAUCAUAAAUGUUUUGCUGCAACAUGGAGCUAAGCCCAAUGCUACUACAGUGAAUGGAAACACUGCUCUUUCGAUUGCCAAGCGUCUGGGUUACAUCUCUGUGGUGGACACACUGAAAGUUGUCAGUGAGGAGGUCAUCACUACCACAACGAUGGUCACAGAGAAACACAAGCUCAAUGUCCCAGAGACCAUGACUGAAAUGCUUGAUGUGUCUGAUGAAGAAGCCCUGAGGCUUGAAGAUGAGCCAUUCUCUGAGAUGUCUGUGGAGCUGGAAGGUGAGGACACCAUGACAGGUGACGGAGGAGAGUACCUGAGGGCAGAGGAUCUCAGAGAGUUGGGAGAUGACUCUCUGCCGGGACACUACCUGGACAGUUUCAGCUACAUGAGCCACAACCUGGACAGGCCCCAGCACACUCCCAUUCACCAAAGUUUCCAUCAGGGCGAAAGAGUUCUCAUCGAAGACAUGAUUGCAAGCCAUCAGGUGUCAGCACUCUCUAAAGAGCAUGAAAAGGACUCAUUCCGUCUGAGCUGGGGUGCUGAGCACCUUGAUAAUGUGGUGCUAUCCUCCAGUCUUCUACACUCUGGUCGUUCCUCUCCAUGCCUAGACCAUGACAACAGCAGUUUUCUGGUCAGCUUCAUGGUAGAUGCCAGGGGCGGAGCCAUGCGCGGUUGCCGUCACAAUGGUCUGCGAAUCAUUGUACCACCAAGAAAGUGUUCUGCACCUACAAGGGUGACGUGCAGGCUGGUGAAGAGACACCGUCUGGCCUCUAUGCCCCCUAUGGUAGAGGGUGAGGGUCUGGCUGGUCGUAUCAUAGAAGUGGGACCCACAGGAGCCCAGUUCCUAGGUAAGCUCCACCUUCCCACAGCUCCGCCCCCUCUGAAUGAGGGUGAGAGCCUGGUCAGUCGCAUCCUGCAGCUGGGUCCGCCAGGAACCAAGUUCCUCGGGCCUGUGAUUGUAGAGAUCCCUCAUUUUGCUGCUCUGAGGGGCACAGAGAGAGAGCUAGUGAUCUUGAGGAGUGAAACAGGAGAAAGCUGGAGGGAGCACCACUGUGACUUCACUGAAGAGGAACUGAAUCAGAUACUUAAUGGCAUGGAUGAAAAACUUGAUUCCCCUGAGGAGCUUGAGAAGAAAAGAAUAUGCCGCAUCAUCACCCGAGACUUCCCACAGUAUUUUGCUGUGGUGUCAAGGAUAAAGCAGGACAGUCAUUUGAUUGGUCCAGAGGGCGGGGUCCUCAGUAGCACCCUUGUGCCCCAAGUCCAGGCUGUCUUCCCUGAGGGAGCCCUCACCAAGAAGAUCAGAGUUGGGCUACAGGCUCAGCCCAUUGAUGUUGAAGUGGUGAAAAGGAUUCUAGGUAACAAAGCCACAUUCAGCCCAAUUGUCACACUGGAGCCAAGAAGGAGGAAGUUCCACAAACCGAUCACCAUGACGAUCCCUAUUCCGAAGAGCUCAAACAGUGACGGCCAGAGCACAGUGUUUAGUGGGGAGACCCCCACCUUACGUUUGCUUUGCAGUAUUACAGGUGGAACCACUCCUGCCCAAUGGGAGGACAUCACUGGCUCCACACCUCUUACCUUUGUUAACCAAUGUGUUUCCUUUACCACAAAUGUGUCAGCAAGGUUCUGGCUGAUCGACUGCAGACAAAUUCAGGAGUCUGUUAGUUUUGCAUCUCAGCUGUACAGAGAGAUCAUCUGUGUCCCAUACAUGGCCAAGUUUGUAAUUUUUGCCAAGACCUUGGACCCCAUCGAGGCCCGGCUACGCUGUUUCUGCAUGACUGAUGACAAAAUGGAUAAGACCCUGGAGCAGCAAGAGAACUUCACUGAAGUCGCCCGUAGCCGAGAUGUUGAGGUGCUGGAGGGAAAACCUAUAUUUGCUGACUGCUUUGGAAACCUUGUGCCUCUCACCAAGAGUGGACAGCAUCAUGUGUUCAGCUUCUUUGCCUUCAAAGAGAACAGACUAGCCCUUUUCAUCAAAAUAAGAGACACAGCACAGGAGCCAUGUGGUCGCCUGUCCUUCACCAAGGAACCACGCACGUACCGAAGUCUUAACCACAAUGCUAUAUGCAACCUUAACAUAACCCUCCCAACAUACUCAAAGGAGUCUGAUUCAGACCAAGAUGCAGAUGACGAGAGUGAGAAGAGUGACAAGAAAUAUGAUGAAUCUGAGUCAACUGAGACAUUCUCCCUGAAAACUAACCAGCCGCUUGACCCUGCAACCCUUGCAAGCCCAGACCUUCUCUCAGACAUGUUGGACAUCAAAAUGUCUGUUAUUUUGACUGCAGAGCAAAUUGAGUACUCCGUUAAUGAAGACAUAGCUGGAGCCAGAAGGGUUGGAGAAAAUGAGGCUUUUGCCACUGUGGAACAGAGGCAAAAGAGAGUUAAAGAGAUGCUGGAAAAGGUUGGAGAGAUUCAACAACAUGAGAGGAACACUUCAAGUAGACCUGCCCCAGAAGGCAGAGACAUGACAGGCAUGAUCUCACACCUGAGCAUCGACAUGGACCAAUACAUGGAACAGAGACCUGUUAUAAUGAGUGGUUCUCAGCAAGACCUUGUCCAAGAUAGGUUUGAACAGGUUAUUGUAAAGCGUGAUGGCAAACGGCGUCCCCCAGAUAUCAAGAAACCUAUUCGGAAGAAACUUAGAGACAAAGAGCGUUCUGGAUACAGUAGCUCUGAGGGGGAACUGGAAAGGAUGAGCUCUGAGGAGUCCUUAGAUGGUGAUGUUGUUCUCAAGGAGAGUGGCCUUGAGCCCACCCCAGUUAUGGAUCCUCCAGCUUCUCCUCUCGUGGUUGAGACACCUAUAGGAUCUAUAAAGGACAGAGUUAAAGCUUUGCAGAACAAAGUCGUAGAGGAAGAGGUGCAUACAAAUACUCAGGCAUUAAUUCCUCAGGCAAAAUCAACUAUCACAACAAAGAAGAUGGAGGCAGACAUGCCAGAGCUUCCCAGAGUUCCCAUGUCCCCUAAAUCCCCCAAAUCUCAGACAGAAAGAUUAGAGGAGACGAUGUCUGUUAAGGAGCUGAUGAAAGCAUUCCAGACUGGUCAGGACCCUUCAAAAAAUAAAUCUGGGCUUUUUGAGCACAAAGCAGUGGCUUCCUCUUGUAUUUCAACUUUAAUAUCUGAAUCAGGAGAUUCCAAAGAGAUACAGAGGACUGAAAACCCUACGCAGGAGCCAAAACCACAAACUCAGACUCAGAACCUCAAAAUUCUCCAUCCACAGAGUGAUGUUAAGAUAUGUGACAAAAGCUUCAUUGUAUAUAAUUCUGAGGAACCACAGUUAAUUUCAAAUAAUGUUUAUGUUGGAAAGACAGUAGAAUUUGCUGCUACAAUUCACCAUGAUGAUGAAAGCGUUAGCCCAGACAAACAGUCCCUAGAGUUGCCAGAGAAGGAGACAUUAUCUGUUAAGGAGCGCAUGAAAGCAUUUCAGCCUGGACAGGAUCCUUCAAAAAAUGAAACAGCAACUUUUGAACACAAAGCUGUGGCUUCUUGUAUUUCAACAUUGAUAUCCAAAUCAGCUGAUUCUGAAAAGAUACAGGGCAAUAAACAAAGCCCUAUGCAGGAGCCAAAACCACAAACCCAGGGUCAGUACCUCACAUUUCUUCACCAUCAGAGUGAUGUCAAAAAAUGUGAUGAAACAGAUUUAGGCGAGCAAAAGGUAAGCUUUACUGAAGAUAACUCUGAGGAAUCACAGUUGAUUUCUGAUAGUGCUUAUGUUGGAAAGACAGUCAAAUUUGCUGCUACAAUUCAACAUGAUGAUGGAAGUGUUAGCCCAGACAGAGAGGCACUAGAGUUGUCAGGUAAGGAGACGCUGUCGGUUAAGGAGCUGAUGAAAGCAUUCCAGACUGGGCAGGACCCUUCAAAAAGUGAUAUCAGCCCUGACCGCAGGCCCUCUGAGGACUUCAGUGCUGACAUAAAGGCUGAGCUAGAAGAAAGUCCAGAGUACCAGCUGUUCAAGCAGAAAUCAGAAGCAACAGAUGUGAACUAUCAGUUGGACGCACAUGAGGAGACAACCUUGGAACAGCCAGUGGUGCCACAAUACCACUCGGAAGAGGAGGUAGUCCAUGAGAACUACAAACAACUUAUCCUGACAAAAGACAAUAAAAGAGAAACUUCUACAUUCUCCCCUGAACAUAAGAUGAUGCUACCAGAGGAUACAAAUUUAAAAACUGUAGACAUCAAUGAAAAAAGAACUUUGGAAAGUGAAUGGCAAACAUGUUCCCAUGAAAAUGAAGGUCCCAAGAGUUUCUCAUCUGUGGAAGAUGUGACUAACACUUCAGGUGCAGGUUCCCAUUUUUAUGACUUUACUGAAGGGGCGGUGGACAUUACAAAGUCAUAUGUAACAAAGGAUGACUAUGAGCCCGAUCAUAAAGAUGUCAGUGUUGUUGCUGUUAAUUCAAUUCUUCAAACACAUGAUUAUUUUCAACUACCAGAUAGUUUGAACACACCACAACGACCGACUGAUUUGGAGAACUUAAACAAUGCAGUUUUUGAUGACUUAGCUAAACGGCCUUGCCAUCAAGACUCACUAGAGGCAAGUCCUCUAAUGGAGGAUAGAUCUUCAACGAAAUCCCCUGAUUCAAUUGACCCAAGCCCGACCAGAGAAUCCCCUUGUCCAGACUCUCUUGAAGGAAGUCCCACUCAAUCAAAGGACACCGAGCUUAAGAAGCCAGCCAAGACAGCUGUGUAUGAGGAAUAUGCCUCCCAGCUCCAAGCAUGUUUUGCUUAUGACAGAAAUAUUUACCGUGAUGAAAAUGAGCUUGAUGAGCAUGAAAGCAAUGAGAUCUUACAAAAGGAAAGUGAAAGUAUGGAAGACGGAUAUUCCUACUCAGCAAAAACAGGAACUGAUGGCAACAUCUGCUCUGACCCCAAAAUAUGUGACAGUGAAAAUUUGAACAAGCUCAUAAGGCAAGACUCUGUAGACUCUCUUGACAAAGAUAAUAGCGAGGACGAUACCACCAACAAACAAUUCACCCCAGAAGAGGAAAUGUUUAAAAUGGCUGCAAAGAUCAAAACAUUUGAGGAGAUGGAGCAGGAGGCUAAAAUGAAGAGAGACACAUCCUCAGAUGCCAGUGCUCUAUCAAAGACAAGUGAUCACCAAGACGAUAAGGUAGAUCUAAGAUUUGCCCCAGCUGUACAGUUUUCCUCACAAUAUACACUAGAGGAAAACUCUGAAAAAUAUGUGACAGAAAGCACUCACACACUUAGUGGGGUAACAGAUAUUAGUUUAAGCUGUAAGGAGAGGGUGGGAAUUGAGUCACAACUAAUAUCUACUCAAACAGCUGACAGUUCAUUGUAUUCAACUGCAAGUCACAGAGAAGAACCUUAUUCAGUGAGUGAGGAAUCUAUGCAACUCUUAGAGGAAAGAGAGGCUGACAUACAGACAGAUAAAGACACUGUAGAGGGUGAAUUUGUUUGUCCCUCAGUCAAUGACACGCAUUUUUCCAGCUGUGUUACUGAUGAGCAAUAUUCAGUGGAUGACAAAGCGGUUAAACCCCCACCGACAAAUGGUUCAAGCUCUGCGAGUAAACCUCAGGCAACAGCACAUACUAAAGACCUAGAGUAUGUUAUCCAAGGAUGGGAGGAUGAAAAUGAUGUAGCCUUCAAUGUUAAGUCAGAGGAACAGAUUCAUCUUUGUUUUGCAGAAGACAGAAAAAGCCCUGAUAAAACACCUGCUCAAACACCAGGUUAUGAGAAAACCCCUGAUCCAUUUCAGUUUCAAGAGGGAAAGCUAUUUGAAAUGACAAGAGGGGGUGCCGUUGAUAUGACAAGAAGAAGCUUUGAUGAAGAAAGGGAAGGAUACGCAUUUUUUCAUAUAGAGGAACAUCCAGUUGAUGAAGUUAUGCCAGAGGAGACUAGGGAAAAUCAAACAAAGUCUUUAACUUUAGAAAAUAGUGUUUCAAUUGCAGAUACAUCUCUCCAAGAGACCCCAACAUCAUCUUUUAGUCAGUGUGCUAUUGACAUAAUUCCUACUCCCAAACCCAGAACUCUCAUUCAACCCUCAAGUGACAAGUCAGAGAAAGAGAAGCCACUUUCGAAAGACCAACUUGCCAGCCCCAUAGAGGUCCAGCUUGGUUUUCCCGCUGCUUUGGAGAGACUAACUGAUAUUCGAGAUGAAGUUGGAGGCCUUGAAAGCCUUGGUCUAGGCUAUCUAGAUUCUACCAUAGCUGACCUUCAAUCAGACACUAUCGCAGUUGACCAUUCAGUGUACUCAAAGCAGGGCAAUGACUCUUCAGACUCAUCUCCUGAUGAGGAGGAGGAAGAAGAGGAAGAUGAGGACCAGUGCUCAGUCAUAGAGAUGUCCUUUUCAACUACACAGACUGAUCUCCCAACGCAGUACUAUAAGGAUUCACCUCCACCUUUGGGAAUUAAACCAGGCAGCACAAAUAAAGAGGCUAGUCAUUUCAAAUCGGAAAUAACCAUGAACGACCCAAAGGUACCCAAGCUUGAUCUGUUUCAAAGAAAAGCAGAAAAAGGCUCAACCUUGAAUCACAGGACUAGAUCUGAGUCUGAUGGUGACACAAGUAAAACCUUUAAUAAAGACAGCAGGAGCUAUUCUGACAGUACUGAACCCACUAAUAAAUCCAACCCUUCCCCCUCCAAACUUCCUGUCUUGAUGAAACAGAAAGUUAUACCUCACACAAUCUCCUCUUCCUCCAUCCAAAUGAAAGAAAUCCAAUUCUCUGAGACUACAGAAACAUCUGUUAGGUCUUCUUUGGAUACCGAUGAUCUAAGUAGUGCUAGUCACAGGAGUCCAGACUCUGUUAUAUUCACAUACGACAUCCCAACCAUACACAGUUCCAACUCUGAUGACAAUCCUUUGAUGAGUGUGCAACCAUCUUCUGGUACAGAGAAUGUAUUUGAAUCCAGGCCUGCCUGGGAUGACAUGGUGGAAACUCAGAUGCAGAGAAUCAACGAUGACCAAACUCCAGAAUGUAUGCCAGUGGAUUGGCAGGAUGAUGCUGACAGGAAAGAGGAGACAUUAGCUAUCAUUGCAGACCUUCUUGGCUUCAGCUGGACUGAGCUGGCAAGGGAACUGGAAUUCAGUGAGGAUGACAUUCAAUUAGUGAGAACAGAGAAUCCCAAUUCACUCCAAGAGCAGAGCCAUGCCUUGCUGCAACGUUGGGUUGAGCAGGAAGGCAAACAUGCCACAGAGGACUGUCUGAUUAAGAGACUAACCAAGAUCAACCGCAUGGACAUUGUCCAUCUUAUUGAAACCCAGAUGAACAAGUCAGUUCAAGAGCAAACAUCUAGAACUUAUGCAGAGAUAGAGAAGACACUGGAUCACAGUGAAGUGUCAGUAGCCCUUUCUUCAGUGCAAGAGGAUGCAGACAGCCCCAGAGUCAUAAGAAGGGUGGAAUCAGACCGCAGACCACCCCCAGCUGUUUCAGAAGAGGACCUCUCAGUUGCUUCCCUACUGGAUAUUCCUUCCUGGGCAGAGCCUGUUGGACACACCCAUUCAGAGAGCAUGCAUGGUGACCUGUUGGAGGAGCUUGAGAUCCCACAUGAAUUGAAUCCAAAUCUGUGGACUUCGGAGGAUGUAAUUACACAAGAACCUACCAGUCAUGACAACUUGGAUGAGCAAGUUUCAGCACCAUCUUCCAAAGCAAAUCUUUCAGAAUCUACUAAACAAACUAAUGUUGAUUUAGAGCAGAGUCAGCUCUUUCCAACUGAGACACCAUCCUUGCCAAAUGAUUCUAAACUAAGCCCAAUAGCCCCAGACUCACUCUGUCAAACAGCUCAAGAAAGUCCAGAUGAUCAAAUUGUCAUGUCCUCCAAGUCCACUCCAACACCACCAGGGUCAAGGUCCCCACAGCUUGUACAACUGCUUUCAGAUCUGGAAGAAAUUAAACUUAAGUUUGAACCAGAGACAGUUGUUCCACCGCUGUCAGAAUACAGGGAUGAAAGCCCGGAUGUUGAUGAAGUAGAUGAGUUUGAAGACCUUCCACCUGAUGAUCAAUGUGUUGCAGAGGAUAGAAACUCAGAGACAUUUUCAGAUGAGGAUAGGCUGAGGACCAGUUCGCAGCAGUCAGAACAACCUCUGACUCCAGUAGAGUAUGAAGGUUUUGCCUCUCAGUUUAUUUUAGCUAAACCCAACACAGAAAUGACUACAUCAUCUUCUGAUGAGGAGUACAGCAUCCCACCUGGAUAUGCAGAGACCUCUUGUACCACUAGCAACUAUAGCCACAUGCCCCCAGAAUAUGCAGAAAUUGUACAUAAUAAUGCAGACAGCCCAACCUUUCAAUACUCCGACCCAGAGCCUUAUUUUGACUGCAAACAGGGUGCAUCAGAUUUCUCGGAGACUGAGCCUGAUGAACCAGAGACAAGGUCUAGGUCAAGUAGAUGUCAGCCUCAGGAUAAUCUCAGCCUUACUGGAAAGCAAGAAAAGGUGAAUAGAGGAGUGCUGUCGUCCUCCGGAAGUGAAGAUUAUGAGGACGCUUUUUUUGUCCACGAACCUCUUCCUAAUGUGCAUGAAGAGAGUGAAGAAUUAUUAGACUAUUCAGAAGCAUCUGAUGAAGAAUUCACCUUGUGUGAGCCUCCUGUCUGUGAAAUGGGAGCAUGUGAUGAUACUAAAAAAUCUCUCACACGGGAGAUCACCGCAGAGCUUGGAUCAAUGUCAGAAAGUUCAGAGGAUGAAUUUCUCACCACCAGAAUAGUGCGAAGGAGAGUUGUCAUCCAGGCUGAAAAUAUGCCAAACCUCCCUACUCAGUCAAUGACAGAAGAAAAGUACAAGGAUGAAAAUGGACACAUCGUUGUCAAAAAGGUUACCCGUAAAAUUAUUCGCAAAUGUGUUUCUGCCGAUGGAGUGGAGCAUGAAGAGGUCUUAUUAGACGGAGCUCCCCAAGUGUCAAUCAGUAUGGCCGAGGGAGAUGGAUACUCCAAGGUGGUGAAGCGGACUGUAGUAAAGAGUGAAGGAGACCAUACAGAGGUAACAUUUGCUGAAUGUGAGGGUUUCUCAUUAUCAAGGCAAGAGGGUUCACCUGAGGGUUCUAAGGUCAGUCAGGUAGAAAAGAAAACGGUGGUGGAGGGUGAAAGGACAAUGACACACCAAGGUGACCCGUCUUUGGCUUCUGACCUCCCCUCAGCUCAAGAGGACUUCAAGCAGGGCCCACAUGCGUAA